AUGGAUCUUCCCCCACUCACACAAGAGCAACUGACCGCCGUCGUUGCCUCUGCUAAAUCGCCGACGGAGCUCUACGAAACACUAUCAAACUAUGAAAGCGAAGCUUGUCUGCUCUCCAUGAAAAAGGGCAACCACACGGAGCUACUCAGUCUUUAUUAUUCUACAUUCUUCUUCUCCAACCUUCUCGUAGACAAAAUUCCCGAAGCUCGUUUAUCGACACAACGCGUGCCACAAGAAUUACUACAAAAUGACUCGUCACUACAGAACUGUUUGACACUUCUCCGAGCGGUCUGGCAACGGAAAUAUGAACAAGUUUAUAAGAUUCUGCGAGAACUGCCGUGGCCCGAAGCACUCCGACCCAUAGUCCAGAGUUAUGAAUCUCAUUUCCAGGAAAAGACGUUAAAGGAAGCCAGCAGAGCCUAUGAGGCGAUAAGGCCAGCAGCCGCUGCAACCUAUCUCGGUCUGGAUGCUGCCGCCGCACAACAGGGUGACCCGGCCCUCAUGCAGAAGUUCAUAGCGUAUGGAUGGACAUGGGAUCAGGAAAAAGGGUUGUUGCACCCGAAACCGAUCGUCGAUGAAGUCCCUCAGAAAGAUGUUCGGUUGUAUAAUGAACUGAGUCAGGUCAUGGCCUUGAUCGGAAAUCGCCGGAGUUGA